GAUGUUUACAUUUCGAUCGGAUGGAUAACAAACACACUCAAUCAGUAAGGCAUGAGAGAUGAUGUCCACAUUUUUUCGUCUCCAAAGUAACACAUUCCGCCGUGGUCGCAUACGAUCUCCGGUAUCUUCCUCUACAGUAAGUGGCUAAGAGCACCCAAAUGCCGCCGUGUCUCAUCCUCUCAGCCACCGCGCCUUCACCUCUCUUAUCCGCAUUCGCUAUCCCCACGCCCAACCGCGUCGGAAUCCACAAGCUGACUUGUGCAUCUUCGCAGGUUCACCCGGAUGCGCCACUUUCCGACCACACUUCGGCAUCGAAGACCGGCGUCAUUGUUAUCGGUGGUGGCCUAGCUGGCUUAGCUGCCGCUAUUCGCCUCCAAGCCGAGAACAUUCCUUUUGUCCUGUUCGAAGCUUCCGACGCUGUUGGCGGCCGCGUCCGCUCCGACGUUGUUGACGGUUUCAUCCUCGAUCGUGGAUUUCAGAUUUUCAUCACGGCAUAUCCCGAAGCCGCAAGGCUGCUAAACUACGAGGCAUUAGAGCUUCAGAAGUUCUACUCGGGAGCUCAGGUUUACUACGGUGGCCGUUUCCACACAGUCGCGGACCCUCUCCACCACUUAUCCGACGCCUUGUUAUCCCUAUCGAACUCUAUCGGGUCUGUUCUGGAUAAGAUUUUAGUCGGAUUGACUAGACUCAGGGUUUUGGCGCAGCAAGACGAUGAGAUUUUGACAGCCGAUGAGGUUCCAACGAUUGAACUCCUGAAGACUAUCGGCUUCUCCGAUUCGAUGGUGGAUCGGUUUUUUCGACCAUUUUUCGGCGGCAUUUUCUUCGACAAAGAGCUCGAAACGACGUCGCGGCUCUUCAAUUUCAUCUUUAAGUGUCUCUCCCUGGGAAACAACACGCUUCCAGCUAAAGGCAUUGCAGCAAUUCCGGAACAACUGGCGGCAAAAUUGCAGAAAGGUUCUGUACGAUUGAAUUCAAAAGUAAUAUCUAUCGAUCUCGGAUCGGCUUCAGAUUCGAAUCCAGCAAUGUUUGUACAAUUAGAAAACGGAGAAAAGUUUACGAGCGAACUUGGACUGGUCGUAGCAGUUGAAGAAUCAGAGGCAGUUAAGCUUUUGAUAGGGGAAUUGGCGGGAAAAGAACCAUUUGAACUGAAGAAACCAGUUAGAAGCACUGUCUGUUUAUAUUUCUCUGCAGAACAGGAGACAAUUCCGAUGAAGGACCCGGUUUUGUUACUAAACGGGUCGGGUAAAGGCAUUGUGAAUAACAUGUUUUUUGUAACUAAUGUGGCUCCAUCUUAUGCCCCACCCGGGAAGGCUUUGAUCUCGGUGUCACUCAUUGGGAUGUUUGAAGAUGUGAGAGAUGAGGAUUUGGUAAGUCUUGUUUUGAAGGAGCUUUCAGGCUGGUUUGGAGAGUCUGUGAUUGGGGCGUGGAGGUAUUUGAGAAUGUACAGGGUCAGGUUUGCCCAACCGAAUCAACGCCCGCCCACAAACUUGAAGAAGGACCCGAGGUUAAGACCAGACAUGUAUGUGUGUGGUGAUUUUGUGACCAGUGCUACCUUUGAUGGUGCUUUAGUCUCUGGGCGGAAGGCCGUUGAAGCUUUGUUAAAAGAUCGGGCUUUGCCUCAGGUGUAAUUACUUCAAACUGCUCUUACAUACAUUUAUGAAUAGUUUGGUUAAAAAAUCAUGACUACCCUUGCUCUAAACAAAUUCAAGAAUGCAUUUUGUUUACCAUGGAAUCAAUUAUGAAUUGACCGCUACCUUCUACUAUGAAAUAGAGUUUUCUUUAAGAAUGAGCACUUUU